AUGGAUUCAAUUGAACAAGAGUUAACAAGUUUGAUCUUGGAGGAUAAUGAAACUAUUGACCAACAUCAAACUAUAAUGAAUCAGAUGCGUGAGAAAAAGUUUCAGUUGCUGCAGCGAAGAGAACCAACUCGUGUAUUGGUUCUCGAAAACCUCGAUGCAGCAGCCAGCGAUAUGAUUCUGCAACUAGUUUCCAAAUACCAAGAAGACUCUUCAAUGUCUUCUCUCGUUUUAACUAGAUAUAUAAAUAUACUUCAAUCACUUAUAAUGGUUUUCGUACAUAGAAAUGAUGCACAACUUUGUAAACUAUUAAUACAAAGACAAUCAAUUAUAAAUAUCGACAGUAUUAUAAUUUAUUUUGGAAAGGAAUUAUCAGACGACACAAUUAAGAAACAUCAAUUACUUCCACCUUUCCCAGUUAGACAAUAUUUAAUUUCACCACCUCUCUCACCACCAGAGGAAUGGAGUGCACCUGGAGAUGGAAUGGAGCAGGCACCAACCAAAGAAGCAUCAUCACCAUCAUCAUCAUCACAUAACUUUGGCUUCAACCCUGAUACACUAUCAGAGAAGCUUGUUAUCUAUCAAUCAAAGGCUGACAGUGGGUUCCCAUCGAUCACUCUCGAAUUUUGUACAUAA